CGCCGGUACCCAACUGUGAGUGCAGUGGUUCCCUCGAGGUAAGGACGAUAGACGGGGUCCUUUGCACAAAAUAGCUAUAGUGUUUAUUCAGAAGAACAAUAGCUAUGAAAUUUCCACUGGAAAACCGUAGAAAAAAAGAAAAUUGGGACCCUGGUCAACAAGUGGCAAUCCAGACCAACUUGGUCCCUCCCAAGAAGGUCCAGUCAGGGACGAUCCAGUCCAGCCUAGUCCAGGCCAGUGCAGCAGCCGUGCAGAACCCCAGUGGCAGUGAUCCCAAGGGGGCAAAUGCUCACUGCCCCUUACCCCGCCUCUCCAUCUCCUCUCGCUCUGCCAGUGUGAUAGCUAGUAUGGACACGACCGGUGACUUCUCGACACUGCACUCUGUGAUGAGGUGGAAGACGGUGGUGGCAGUGUUUGUGGUGGUGGUGGCCUAUCUGGUCGGCGGAGGCCUGGCCUUCAAUGCCCUUGAGCAACCCUUUGAGAGCAACCAGAAGGACAGCAUCACUCUUGAGAAGGCUCUUUUCCUUCAUAGGCACCCAUGUGUGAUGCCGGCAGAACUAGAGGCACUUAUCAAGCAUGCGAUAGACGCUGUCAGUGCAGGAGUCAGUCCGAUUGGAGAAUCUUCUUACAAUUCCAGUCACUGGGACCUGGGCAGUGCCUUCUUCUUUGCUGGGACUGUGAUUACAACAAUAGGUUACGGGAACAUAGCGCCCAGCACUGAAGGAGGGAAGAUCUUCUGCAUCUUCUAUGCCAUAUUUGGCAUCCCGUUAUUUGGGUUCCUCCUGGCCGGCAUUGGAGACCAACUGGGGACCGUUUUUGUGAAGAAUGUCUUGAGGGUGGAGAAGAUUUACAGGCAAAAGCACAAACAGAUCAGCCAAACCAAAAUUAGGGUGACGUCCACCAUACUCUUCAUUAUAGCUGGGUGUGUAGUCUUUGUUGGCAUCCCAGCCAUAAUUUUCAAACACAUCGAGGGGUGGACAGCUCUGGACGCUAUCUAUUUUGUUGUCAUCACGCUAACAACUAUUGGCAUAGGGGACUAUGUGGCAGGUGGGGACCGGAACAUUGAAUACAAGAAGUGGUACAAGCCCCUGGUCUGGUUCUGGAUCCUUGUGGGCCUGGCCUACUUUGCUGCAGUCCUUAGCAUGAUUGGAGACUGGCUCAGAGUGCUUUCCAAAAAAACUAAAGAGGAAGUGGGGGAGUUCAAGGUCCACGCAGCUGAGUGGAAGGCCAACGUGCGGGCGGAGUUCCGGGAGACGCGACGGCGGCUAAGCGUGGAGAUCCAUGACAAGUUGCAGCGGGCCGCCACCAUCCGUAACAUGGAGCGUAGGCAGCUGGGCCUGGAGCAGAGAGCCCAGUCCCUGGACAUGCUCUCUUUGGAGAAGAGCCACUUCAAAACGUCCUCCCAGGAGAGCAUCGACACCAAGCUGAAUAACUUAAGGUUGAGGGGGGCAGGGGAGCUCUGCUAUGACCAGAGGCGAGGCAGCGAGCAGACCCAGCCUGCCUCAUCGUCCGAGGACAACCUGUUCAAUCUCCGCUUCCGUUCCCUCAACAAGCUGGCCAAGAGACAAAAGAACCGCGAACUGAACCGUGCCAGAGAGGCAAUGGAGCAAAGGGAGGAUGGGGGACAGAAGGACACGGAGGAGGAAGAUCAGGAAGUGGGUGAUAAUAAGGAGGGCAACACAGUCUUGACGAGUAUUGAAUAUGCAGACGAGCGCAAAAAACUUAACCAUUUUGUCCCGGCUCCGGCCAAAGGAGAGAACAGUACGUUGGAAGGAAGAGCGACAGUCCCAGGAAAAGCACUAGUGUGUCCAGAGAAAGAAUGAGAGACAGAAUGAAGGAGAAGGGGGCCUUUUUUGAUGUCUCAAAAUGUGCCUUGCUGUUUUUUCUACGCUUCGACUUCAAACUGUUCUCAGUAAAUAUUCUGUUUAAAGUCAGCAGUCACUGUGCCAUAGCAAUCUAAAUAAAAAUAAAGAUGCCAAAAUGUGGAAAGGAAAGAGAUUGAGGGUAUUUGGGUGAAGAACUCUUAUCUCCUGUAUAGUAUCUAUCUUACAGAAUCUCCUUUGUUUUUGAAGAACGCAGUCAUUGUUUAUCUUCGUACAGCCGCCUGAUCCCGCAAGCUUACAUUUAAAAGCUGCUUGGCUAUCAGUCUAGUCAGGCUGUAUAGGCUUAUGUUUGGACCCGGCUACCAUUUAACCGGGCCAGUCAGCGCACUUUUAUGAAUUAUCGGUAUGGUCUAAUUAUGGGUGUGGUCUAAUUAUGGGUGUGGUCUAGGUGAUGAUGAGUACUAAUCAAAUCGAUUUUUCUGGAAUAUUCAGCAACACUAAACCUAAUGCUAUUAGUCUUUUGUAAAAACAAAAUUCAUCAGCUGUUUAAAAAAUAUAAUUAUAAUCUUGGUAAGGUGUCUUUUAUACACAAAGGUUUGAGUUAUAAAUGGUAAUAAUCGUUUUCAGACAGCUACACUUACCAAUUUGCUUGUUUGAUUUCUGUCGCUCGAUGUACAUUACGGUUUGGUGUUGUGAAUUACGCCUCAUGCCCAAACGGUUCUAAUCUCAGCCCGACCAGAUUGAUGUCUGUAUAGCGUUUAAAUGUAAGCUUGUGGGAUCAGGUUGCUGUUCGAGGCUACUAAUUGUUACACAUCCCCACCAAAACGUAUCUGACAAAUAUAGCUUACUUUACAUGGGAUAACUAUUUUCUUCAUUGCCCUGGGGUUGGUAAUGCAAUUAACCAUCCUGGUGAAAUGUCCAAUAAUGAUAUUGAUACUUGUUUAUUUUCUGCAUGCUACUUUUAUCUCAGACUGCAGAGAGGGCUGCAACUGUGUUUAUUUAUGAAAUGGUUUGUGCACUAAUUCCUAACAAUGGAUAUGUCCUAGGAUAAUCAACUAAUAUUUCUUAAUUUACCUCCCGUACUCAACACUCUGAUUGUACAUGGUUUCGACCAACAACUUGGUGUUCCACAGUUAUAAAGAUAAAGUGCAAAAACUUCAACGCUUAGGGUGAAUUGUGCUUGUAAGUACCACAUAUCUGGGGUACGUCUGUUACUUAAUUAAAUGCAGUCUUUUAUGAGAACGGUAGGCCCUAUCUGGGUAUCCAGGGUGUCUGCUAAAAGCUGAGAGUCUUGUCUUUCCAGCGGUGCCUCACAAUGUUUGUCGGGACUCACUAGCAUAGAAAUCUACCAUGUUGUUAUUAUACAUAACCUAUUACAGGAUUAAUUGGGAUCAUUGUGUGUACAUCAUACCUCUGAAUCAUUAAAAUAGUAGA